AUGGCCGAGCCCCAAGCACCUGCGGAGAUUGCUCCGGGAGUUCUUGCUUGCGAAGUGCCCGGGUGUGGUGUGGCUGCCUUCGCAGCCAAAGACUUCCAGCGUGGUGAUAUUGUGUUACAAGAACAAGCAAUUUUUAUCAGUGCUGUGGACACGCCCAGUCGUCGCAAUGAAGAGAUCUACAAAGCAUUGCUGGCAGAGCUGCACUCACGGCGAUUGACGGCCGACUUCACACCCAAUGCCCAUCUUGGAGCUCUAGUUGCCUUGAGAGAUUUGGGCGUUCAGGGUUGCAAGGACUUUUUGCUGAAGAAGUGCCAUGGAGACCCAGAGCAGCUUCCAAAUCCUCGCCUUGCGCGACAAGAGGCCGCGCCCCUUCGCCGCUGCAUUGCCUCCGGGAUUUUGCCGCCUGCUUGCGCUGCCUUACCUGCUGUGGAGUAUGCAAAACUCCGGAUGGCAAUCCAGCUCAAUGGGUUUAGGUUCAAUUUCAAUGCCCAAGAGGGCGACUUCGGCUAUGACACAGGAGAGGUUCUCUUCGACAAGAUCAGUCGCUUGAACCACUCCUGCACUCCAAAUCUUGACUUCAACCUCUCGUGGGACGCAGACAAUGAAACAGUGGUGAACACCAUCACAGCGUCCACGCCAAUCCGCACAAAUGAGGAACUCAAUAUCUCCUACUUGCCCUUGCGCUUGAAACUUCCCGUCGAGGAGCGCCGGGCGCAGCUGCUGAAGCAUUGGGGCUUUCAUUGUCGUUGCUCUCGCUGCUUGCUAGAAGGUGGAGCUCCAUGUGUGGCAACACCCGCAGUUUCUCGAAUCCCUCACAGGUCAGAUACCCGCAGCGAGGGCAGUGAUAGCGAAGGAAUUUGCUGGGAGGAUUUGUGUGAUCCUGAUGCAACAGACACGAAAUGCUGA